CCGGACGCCCCCAGAUGCUCGAAUUGAGCGCUGUGUCUUUAAAAGGGAAGCGGCACUUUCCGUCCGGGACAAAAUGUCUGCGAGGAGCCGGGAGGCGAGGGGCGAGCAUCGCGACGUCCGGACACUGCAGAAGGAAUGAGGAGUGAAGAGCCCCUGGAGACCAUGGAAGACAGCUGGAGGCCUGGUGACAGCGCAGGCCAGGGGGGCCCCUGUCCCGGGCUGGCACCCGCCGCUCCGGGCCACCUGGGGACGCCCUACACCGAGGCCUGGGGCUACUUCCAUCUGGCCCCGGCUCGGCCCGGGCACCCCACGACGACGACGACAACAGGCACCUGGGCCACCUGCCGGCUGUGCGGGGAGCGGGUGGGCGGCCAGCCGGGCUUCCAGGCGUGGACGCGGGCGCUGUGGCGACACCUGAGCGGCGCGCACCUGCGGGAGCUGGAGAAGAGCGGGGCCCGGAGCUCGCCGCCCGCCGCGCCCUGCCCUGCGCCGCCCGGCCCCGCCGCCGCCGCCGCCGCCGCCGCGGCUGCCGAGGGCGCCUGGGCACGCCUGCUGGAGCAGAUGGGCGAGCUGGCGGUGCGCGGCAGCCGGCGCGAGCUGGAGCUGGAGCGGCGCGAGGCGGCCCUCCGGCAGGCGGAGCGCGCGCUGGAGCGCAGGCGCAGGGCUCUGCGGCAGGAGGAGCGGGCCGUGGCGCAGGCGCGGCGCCAGCUGCAGGCCGAGCGCGAGGCGCUGAGCGCCUGGCUGCGGGAGCGGAGCCCCGGCGCAGGGGUCCCGCCGCCGCCUCCGCUCCUCAAGGAGGACCCUGACGGGGACGUCCUCGGCGACGACGUGAUCACCAAGGUCCUGCUGUAGCGAGGCCGCUCCAUGAGUAAGCCUAACCACAGGGCUCCAGGCGUCCUGGAUCAGGUGCACGGAAUGGACCGCACUGCAAGAGGAACCGGCUCCAGCAACCUCUGCCUAGUGCCUUAGGGCUGGAGGCUUUUAAAGCCAGAAGGUUCUCUAAACACCAAAGACUCAUCACAACGCCUGCCUAUACGCCUUGUAGGGAAGGGAAGAUGAGGUUUUUUUUAUACAGGAAUCCGAUCUACUCUUUCCUAAUGUUUAAACUUGGCCCAGCACCAAGUUCCAAAACGGGACUUUGAGUUUCACUGACUCCCUGGCUCCCUGCCUUCAGCAUCUGUAGAACCCUGCAUUGGGCCAGUCCCAGAGAUACCCCUCUUUGCUCCAGUCACCUCACAUGGCUCCCCCUCCACCCAAGGCCAUGAGCGCCUCUUUCCUUAACUCAUCUUUCCCUGGAUGGGACUCAGUGGUAGGUAUAUUCUUCCAUUUCCUGCCUCACCUCUUGCCACCUAACUAGCAAGACAUCAUCUGUCACUAGAAGAGCAGUUCCAUGCCCCCACAGGCCCCCAAAGACCUCUCCCUGAACCAAAGGAGAAACCUGAGGCCACG